AUGCACAACCACAAAGCGCAAUCCAGCGCUUUCAACGGCGACGGCAACACAAUUACCCGAUGCUCUCUCAGCAACUGCACAAUCAACAAUUCCUGCGUAAAGCGAUCAACACUAAGCGAGUGUGUGCUAUCGAAAGUGGAAGAUGUGAGCCGGAUCACGGCUCAAAAAUCCCAGUUCCACGAUGCGGCCCUUGCCGAACGCAGCGCUAUCACAAAUAGCACUAUCCAAACACAAAGCUCGGUGCACCGAUCCACAAUUGGACAGUCCAUGAUUCAGGACAAGAGUGCUGUUACGCGAAGUACCGUGACCGGAACGAUGGUAUCAAACAGUCAACUCCAGAGAGCUACGUUGACAAACUGCGUUGUCACUGAGUGCAUUAUCGAGCGGUGUGAUUUCCAGGGACUGGUUCUUAAAUAUGGCAUUUGGAAGCGAAAUGAACUGGUUGGGAAGGUUGGGAAUCAGGAUCCUAUUUAUAUUAGGAACUAUGGCUCGAAGGCCGGGGUAAGUCAAUUGAAUCGUGACCAUGAGGCCACAUAA